AUGCUUCGAGAGGUCGGUCUGGGAUUUUGUCAUGCGACACUGGUCUUCGUCCUGCUGUGCCCGGCCACAGGCUUGUCGCUGACGGGUCUCCGCAGAGAUGCAGAGGAUGACCAGGAGCUCAACAAAGCCAUUUUGGAAAUGCUACAUAUCAAUAAAGUGUCGGCGAGCCAUCAGGCCAAACCACAUCCCUACAUGAGGAGGGUCUAUCAGCAUCUGGACUCACUGGAGGCUCAAGACUUCGGGAGAUCAGACGGAAUGCUGGUACAGAGCUUUCGGAAUGUUCCUGGUCCAGACGAGGCUCCCCUAGGCUGGAUCUGGUUCAAUGUCAGCAAUGUAAGCCCUUCCAUGCUCGGGGCAGAACUAGUUCUGUUCAGAAAAACCCUCCACCCCCGUCCCGUCAGCGUGACUGUCACCCUGCACAGUGUCACUGCCUCACAGGGAGCCCUGCAAGAGAGUCCCGCUCUGGGGGAGAGGCUACUGACCCUGGAUCAGCGACCCUUGUCUGGAUUUGAUGUGUUUGACGUGUCAGCUGUCCUGACAGUGAAGCCAGUGGAGGCGGUGGGUUUUCAGCUGCGUUAUACAGAUGAGAGUGGGAGUUUGGUCCUUCAUGAGGCUCUGACACAGAGUCUUUACUGUCUGAAUAGAGGCUGCCUGAGUGAACCUUUACUGGUACUGUACCAAGCACACCCCUACCCUGUUUAA